AUGUACUGCAUGAGAAGAAAAUAUGAGCUCUUCUUCAGUUUUGUCACACACAUUUCUUCACUGCUUUUUGAAGUUCCUUUUUUAUUUUUCUCCAAGCUGUGUUAUGGACAGCAGACUGGGGAAGGAGACAGUCAAAUUACCAGCCCAGUGAGUUUUAUUAAUGAAGGACAGGCCACUUCUCAAGAAUCUGAAACCAAACCAUUGACUUUCACAUUUGUGCCAUCCAUCGGCCGACUUCCAACUCAUUUUGAGGUUGUAGAUGUCUCUAAGUUCCUUGUGACUAUUCCAGAGGAGCCAAAAGAUCUCAGCAAUCAAGAAAUUAUAAAUGAGUCUAACGUAGUCUCUGAUGAGCAGUCCUUAAAGAGCAGUGUCAGGCGAGACUGUGUGCCUGCCAUCCAUCCAGACAGCACCCAAACGGUUCUCCAGUCCCUGGGGUGUAACCCAAGCAAAGGAAAAAUGCAGGAGAACGACCUUUUUAAGGCUGAGUUUAUCCUGAUUACGGACUCCGGUGAUGAAGAUGAAGCAGCCGCUACCUCGAUCAACAUCCAAAGGCCUUCCAAUGGGUACGGUCCUAUCAGCGCCCAGCUGCUGGCUACAUCCCACAUUUCCCCUGGCACUGAGACAAGGAAGCCUGGUGAUGGGCAUCUUCCAGGUGCUGGGCUUUCCCACAGCACUGCUGAUCAGCAAAAACAGCAGUUAAUUUCUACUCUUUCCACCUCUGAUCAUCUUUCCUCUAAACCACCUGCUGUCCACUUAAUUUCUCCAACUAAUCUGAAAGUAGCGUGCGGUGCCAUGGUUAACCAGAAUCAAGCCUCUUCGCUGGAAGACUCCCAUAACAACUGGCAGUCAGCAAUCAGGUCUUCUAAGCAAGAUUCAUCUCUCUACUUUCAGUCUGCUUCCCAUAGUUCAGCCCCCUCCAUGUCUAAAAUAUCCUCCUGUGCAUCAAACAUUUGUUACUCCAGCCCUCAACUGUGCGAUAACCUGCAAACGCCAAGUCUCCAUAGCCCUGUCUGUGUUUGCAAAAUGGGAGACUUCACCACAUCUUCCAUUCCAGCAAAGAGUCCAAGUCUUUUCCCCAAACCUUCACAUUCAGCUGAAAUUCAAGGAUUAUCAUCCCAGCCUUUAUCCCCCAGUUCUUCCAAAAGAUUGAAAGCUUUAUCUCCCCUCCCUGUACGUAUAACUACACAUUCAUUAUCUCCUAGCCCUAAACCUUUGUCUCCACCCUCUCUUUAUGGCUCCUCUUCAACCGUAUGUAGUGUAAAUGAGCCUUGCACACAAAUGUCAUCUAGAGGAUAUUUAUUAAAGUCAGGAGUUAGAUCACCUCUGCCAACCAGACUAACUCUCUUAACUGCUAUUUUGAGAUCAGGCUCUUCUCAGCGGAGACCUCUUUCCCCUGCUUCUUGCCCCACGUUUUCUCCUAGCUCCCUUUGUUCCUCAACACUUGCAAUAGAUCAAAAGUGCAAAACAACUCCCCCAACCCGCAGAAAAUCUAUUUCAAGCCCCCCUGUUAGGCCAGAUUCUCCCAGCAGAGAGGAACAUUGGCCUUCAGGAUGGGCUCAGCAUGUGCCUUUACACUCCAAGCCUCAUCCUGCCCCCCGGGCAAGGUCCCUUUCUCCUAGAAAGCACCUUCCAGUCCGAACACCCUCUCCAGACUCCCGAAGUCCACAGUCAUCCCACAUCUCCUCCCAUAGAAAAUCAACUGCCUCUCCAGGUUGGCAGUCUAUGCUGCCUGCUCUGGCAGUGCCUCCUAGUGCCCCAGAACAUUAUUCCCUUGCACACCCAACCUCUCCUCCUCCUGAAGGCCUGCGUUAUCCUGCCUCCAGGUCCCAGGGACCUCAGAGGUGUCAGAGAGUGCACACUUACUCACCCAUCUUUACCUGCCAGUCAUAUCCUUUGCUUUCUCCCACCAGACUUAGCUGCACAUUUUCCCCCACCCGAGAAAAGCUGUUAUCUCCCUCCCCAAGUCUUUCGACUUCAACUUCUAGAUCUAAGUCAGAUUCAUCUCAAAAGUCUGCUCAGGAGCUGAGUACCCCCUCUCCUACGUCUUCAGGUGUCUCAAAGCAGUGGUCUCUCUCACGUCCUGAUUCUACUUCACCAGUUCCCCAAACUUGCAAUAUUAAUUCCCACCCACUGCAGCUUCAUUCUUCAUUGACACACAGAAGCUAUAGGUCUAAUUCCCAGUCUCCAAGACCUAAGCAAUCCGCCACCUCACCGGUAUUAAAGUGCAGAUCUCCUGUCUCAGACAAGUCACCAUGCACACUGCCAUCAAGACCCAGAGAGCUGACUUCACCUCAAUCUUUUUCCCUGCCUUCUGACCAUGAAAACAUCAAACCCAAGCAGUACAAGAUCAAGACAAGCUACAAGGCAUUUGCAGCAAUACCUACAAACACAUUACUUAUGGAACAGAAGGCAUUAGAAGAGCCAACCAAGACUGCUAGUGUGACUGAAGGCACUGCUUUGGACACUCAUUCAGAGAUGUGCUCCCCUGCCCAGCUCAGACAACAAACAGAAGAGCUAUGUGCUGUCAUUGAUCAAGUCCUGCAGGACCCAUUGACCAUGCGCCGAUGUGAAUCUUCUCCAAGUUUCCUGCAGAUGAACACAGAAUCAGAUGGUGGCAAGGUGUCAUCAACACUGCAGAGAGCAGCUGGACGCGAGACCAGAUAUGCCAACCUUUACAAAUCAACACCUAUGGUGGCAGAGAGUCAGAUGACAAAACCCGGUGUCAUUCGUCCUGUGCUGGUGAAAGCGAAGAGUGCACAGCAAAAGGAGGAGCCCUAUCAACCCAACCCUUUUAAAAGGUACCUUGAGGAAAUCAGUGAUCAAGAUAUUGAGCAGCCCAGUCAUCCCAUAGUGCCUAUUCCAGAAAAUGAAACACUCAGCUCUAAAGAGGUCACCAAUGAAAGAGGUUCUAUUUAGCUACAGUGCCCCAAAUUAGGAUCAAGAGCUAAAACCGUAGAGUAUUUUCAGACCUGUUCCUAUACUGACAAGGAAUCCAUGACACUAAUGUUAUUUAAAGCACCAUUUUUUAAAAAUUUGCUUCCAGUAUGCUAAUUGUAAAGCAGCAAUAACAAUAAAAUAUUCUUUCAUGAGAUAAUCUUAUGUAUUAGCAUAAUUAACCCCAGAGAUACACACAUGAAUGUGCCAUAUUUAUGUACCACUUCUUGAAGUGCUUGCCAGUUUAAGAGAGGCCUAAAAUAACACAGCAUAUUUUAUUUA